AACAUGUAAAAAUGUUAUGUAUAAUAAUGUCAGAACGAAACGCAGGCAAAAUGUCAUAAGUGUCCCAUAUGUUCAGGAGUGAAUUAUUAGUUUUCAAGUGAACGUAUUUUCGCUAUAUUAAUUUAUCACAAGUAAACCAAAAUUUUACAGUGAACUAUAACUUACAUAUUUAAGGAAAAUUAACUGCUGAUAACUUUAUUUAAUUGUUUGACCUUUCUAAAAAAAUAAGAAUAACGUGUCCCUCACUUUUACAUUAUUUUACUUUGAAUGCAAAAUUUUGUAUUUAUGCGUGUUUAAAGAUUUAUCCAGUGAGCAAAAAAGCUGUUUUACUGACGAAUCCGCAGCAGAAGAUAACGACGAAUCAACUUCAAAAAAAUUGAAUGUCGUGUUUCCAAAUGUGAAAGUUUUACGUUGUGGCAGAAAAGAAAAGAUUUUAUUGUAAUUAGAAAACUGUAAUGAGUGUCCUGUCUUAAAAUUGAAUCAGAACUUGCUACUUCAACUUUUGUUGAGGCUGAAAAUGACAAUUUAAAUGAAAUGAACCAUAAUAUUUUGCAGAUGUAAAAAGAAGCCCUGUUGAUUUAAAUAAUAUUUUAUUUAAACAAAACCUCGAUAUAUAUCUACAUUUGACAUUGGGUAAUAUCAUUAAUAACAAAGCUCUAGUGAUAAUUCAAAAAUGAGAUACAUUUACUUCAUCGUUUUAUUGUGUAUCUUUAUCCAAUUUACACAACAGUUGAAAAACUAUCGACUACCAAAUGUUACCAUACCACUGAAUUAUAAAUUAAAAUUUGAACCACACCUGUCUCCGAAUAAUUUCACAUUUCACGGCGAAGCAGAAAUUCUCAUUGUACUUUUAUCUAAUACAAACAAUAUAACAUUACAUUCAGUGGAUUUGACGAUAUUUGAAAAUGAAACACUUCUCACUGGGGCAGAAAACACUUUUACACCAACUGAACAUAUUUAUGAAAAAGAGAGCGAAUUUCUGAUUUUGAAGUUUAUCGGUGAUUUAAAACCAGGAAUUUUCAAAAUAAAUUUCAAAUUUCUUGGUGAAUUGAGAGCUAAUUUUUUGGGAUUUUUUUGGGACUCUUAUCACGAUGAAAAUGGCGAUACUAAAUAUUUGGCAGCAACUCAGUUUGAGGCAAAUUACGCUCGCAUGGCUUUCCCCUGUUGGGAUGAACCCGCUCUAAAAGCGAGCUUUGAUAUUUCAAUUAAACAUUUCUCAAAUUAUACAGCUCUCUCGAAUAUGCCGAUAAAAACAAUGAUUUCUAAUACCACUGAUGAUAAAAUUUGGACAGUGUUCAAGCAAACUCCUCUUAUGUCAACAUAUCUAGUUAGUUUUGCAGUUGUGGAUUUUAGCAGUAUUACCAAAACUGGGGGUAACAUUACAAUUUGGUCUCGGGCUAGUAACAUUGACUCAAUGAACCUUGGAUUAAAUGUUGCGUCACAAGCUUUGACCAUUUUAGAAGAAUUCACUGAUAUGCGUUAUCAAUUACCGAAAAUGGAUAUUUUGGCUGUUCCAAAUUAUCCGCAUGGAGCAAUGGAAAAUUGGGGACUGAUUGUAAUUAAUGAGAUGUGCAUUUUAAACAAUAAGAACUCUUCAGCAGUUCAAAAAUUAAAACUUCACCAAUAUAUGGUUCAUGAAUAUGCUCAUCAAUGGUUUGGGAAUUUAAUUACUCCGGCUUGGUGGAAUGAUAUAUGGAUAACAGAAGGACUUUCUACUUAUCUUGAUUAUUUUCUGUCAGACAAGAUCUAUAAUUUUCCAAGAAUGAUGGAUCUCUUCGCUAAACAUGUCGUUGGAGUAAUUGGAAGAGAAGACUAUUUUUCUAAUAAAUUGUUUCGAAAUGUGACAUCAUCAACUGAAGCAUUAAAUCUUUUACGUGUAGUUCAUGAAAAGGCUGCAACAAUUAUGCAUAUGUUAAGUAAUUUAAUGUCGAAGGAAGCUUUCCAAAAUGGAGUUAGAAAAAUUUUGAAAAAAUAUAAAUUGGAAACAAUAAAUACUGCCAACUUUUUACAAACAAUGCAAGAAUCCCUGGAUGAAGGGAAAAUAGUGAAUAAGUAUUUUAAAAUAGAAGAAGUAAUUAUGUCUUACAUAUCGCAAGUAGGAUAUCCUGUGAUAGUUAUGUCGAGAAAUUACACAACGGGAACAAUAACAUUGACUCAGGAGUGUACAGUUUGUCCAAGGAAUAAACCACAAUCAAAAUUCUUCAUUCCAAUUAAUUUUGUGACAAGUUCGUCUUUGAAUUUUUCCUCAACAUUAGCGACUCAUUGGUUGAAACCAGACGAUAAGGAAUUAAUUAUAGAAGGAAUUCAUCCCGAUGAUUGGAUUAUUUUUAAUAUUAAAAAUACUGCCUAUUAUCGUGUGAUUUAUGAUAAUGAAAAUUGGGAGCGUUUAAAGAAUUAUUUGCAUUCGGAUGAUUUUGUACGAAUUCAUGCUUUAAAUCGAGCUCAAUUAUUGGAGAACGCAUUUUGGCUUUAUAAACAAAGAAAAGUUGACAAGGAAUUUUUCCUUACUUUCACAUUGUACAUGACUCGUGAAGUUGACUAUGUUCCAUGGGCUGUUUGUGAUAACAUUUUAACUUAUUUAAAUAACAACGAUUUUACACUUACUAUGAAGAAUUACAUCUUAAAUCUUGUGAAGCCUCUUAUAGAACAUUUGGAAGUCAAACCAAAAGAAAAUGAAGAUAUUUUUACAUCGGAAAAAAGAUAUUUUGCCAUGUAUUGGAAUUCUAAAUUUGACACAAAACGUAGGAUGAACAGGAAUUAUGAGAGGGCUAAAAGGGACUUAAUACCUGAGCAUCAUGUUUUCACAUCUACUGUUAAUUAUUUUGAUUAGGGUGUCUCAACUAAUAUUAAACAUUGACGAAAUCACAAAACCUUCCACUUUUUAUUUUUUAACAUAGUAUGCAUAGUAUGAGAAGAAGAAAGAAAAGUUUUUUAAUACUUUUAAAGUUUAUUGUCAAAAUUUUAAACUUUGGGUAAAGUAUGACAAAACUUUUGACUCCAGACAAAAUUUUGACUUUUACCCUGACACUAAAGAAUAUUCUGAUUCAUUCUAAAAAUCAUUACAAAUUCAAAAAAAUGUUCUAUUACAUUUACUUACGCAUUUUCUUAA